AUGAGGGCAGCCAAGUCUCUGGCUCUCCUUGACAUGCAGAGGGUUUCACGGCCAGUCCAGGACCACAUCCCAGCCCUGCAGCCCCCUGCCCAGCCCUCAAGACCUCCCCAAGGUCAGUUUCCGAUGGAUAAUGACAACAGUCUCUGCACAUUUGAGGACCAAGUCCUCUGUCCCAUCUGCCUGGAGGUGUUCCACCACCCGGUCACCACUGCCUGCGGACACAACUUCUGCAUGACGUGCCUCCAAGGUUGCUGGGACCACCAGGCUACUGUGGGCGAGACACUCUAUUGCCCCCAGUGCCGAGAGAGCUUCCCCUCCAGGCCCCGCCUCUGCAAGAAUGUCAUCCUGGAGGAGAUGGUGACCUGCUUCACCCAGGCCAAGGGGUCCUCACGGAACCUGGCCGGGCCCAGGGACGUGCCUUGCGACUUCUGUUCCCCCCAGAAGCUCAAGUCGGUCAAGUCAUGCCUGCAGUGCAUGGCCUCCCUGUGCGAGAAGCACCUGCGCAGCCACUUUGAGGACCAGGUGUUCCGGGGCCACCAGCUGUUGGAGCCCGUGUGGGAUCUCAAGAGCCGGCUGUGCCGGAAGCACCGCAGGCUGCGGCGGCUGUACUGCCGCACGGAAGGCUGCUGCGUGUGCGGGGCCUGCCUGCUGGAGGAGCACAAGGACCACGACACCGCCCCGCUGGAGCAGGAGCGCGCCCGCAGGGAGGUUGAGGUUCGGAAGGUCCAGGCCAAUGUGGAGAACCAGAUGCUGAUCAUCACUUCCGACAGCCAGAAGCACCGGGGGCAGGUGGCCUUUCUCUCGAAAUUGAUCCAGACAACUCGGGAUGAGGUGAACACCUGCUUCUCAGAGAUCAUCCAGGAGGUCAAACAGCUGCAGAUGAAGGUCUUGGAUUUCGUGGAGAAGGAAGAGGCAGCCGCCCUGGGGAAGUUGGGCAGCUCCAUCCAGCAGAGCCACAACCGGCUCCUGAAGCUGGAGGGGGACAGCAUCUGGCUCCGCACCCUGCUCGCCAACCGGAACGACCAGCAAUUCCUGCAGGAGCUCCCCAGGCUGAAGCACUUCCCGGCCUGCAUGGAACCCCUGAUGGGCACCAACUGUGAGGAGAAGCAGAGCUUCCUCCAGCUGCCAGAGACCUUGGCGGAGCUCCGGACUCGGCUGGUGGACAUGGGUCUCAGCUUCAUCAACCAGCUCCUCCUGAAGGGCAUUAAGAUGAACUCAUAUGAAGUGCUUCCCCCAGCUGUGGACAGGAAAACACUUCUCAAGUGUUACUGCAACCUGAAUUUCGACCCCGCCACGGCCAGCGAGGAGCUGUUCCUGUUCAAGGAGACCCACUCGGUGCUGAACCUGGGCAUCCUGCUGGAGCCCUACGCCGGGGGCGGCCCCUUCCCGGGCUUCAAGCAGUGGCCGCAGGUCCUGUGCUCGCGCGGCCUGGCCGAGGGCUGCCACUACUGGGAGGCCGAGGUGUCCAACUCGUGGGUGUGCCUGGGCGUCACCUACCGCCGCAGCCCUUUGCUCAGCGGCCGCCCGCGCCGCAACAUCGUCUACCUGCUGGGCCGCAACCCCUACUCGUGGUGCCUUGAGUGGGACUCGCUCAAGUUCUCCGUGUGGCACAAUAACACGCAGACAGUGCUGCACGGCGGCUACCACCGCACGCUCGGCGUGGCGCUCGACUGCGGCGCCGGCUGCCUCUCCUUCUACGGCGUGGCGGGCGGCGUGAGCCUCAUCUACCGCUUCCUCGCCGCCUUCCUGGAGCCGCUCUACCCCGCGGUCAUGGUCAGCAGCGGCGCCUCGGUCACGCUCAAGCAGCGCCCGGAGGCGGAGGCGUAG